AUGGUCCGUGAUAUGGAAAAGAUCAAGGGAAAGCCAGAAGGGCCGCAGAGGCAGCAGAUCCAGGCACUGAGGGUUGAUGGACCAGUAAUAUCAAGAUGUGGCUUCAGUUCUAGGAGGACCCCUUUCUCUAGACCUACUUCUUCUGGGGGUUCUUCCUCUCAGUCAUCGGGGCAGUCCAACUUUGCUAGCUCCGUGAGAUGCUUCAGGUGUGGAGGACCACACCUUCAGGUUGUUUGCCCUCAGCUAGAAGGGUAUAAGAGCUGCAUCACUUGUAGGCGAGAGGGACAUUAUGUCAGAGACUGUCCUACUACUAGGAGGGUUGGACCACAACCACACCAGGCAGGGAGACCUAUUCAGAGGGGUGGUCCCAGACCACAGGCUGCAGGAAGAGUUUAUGCUUUGACUGGAGUUGAGGCCACCGGUGCAAGUAACUUGAUUGUCAACAGUUACAUGUUGUUUGGAGCUCCUUGUGUAGCAUUGUUUGAUUCAGGGGUGACACAUUCGUUUAUGUGUAAGGCUUAUGUGGAGAGGCUUGGUCUAGUUGUUAGAGAGCUUCCGUGCGACCUGGUGGUGUAUACACCAGCGGUUGGGUUAGUUAGGACAUCUAACGUUUGCACCAGAUGUCCUAUUGAGGUAGAGGGAUGCAGGUUCACAGUGAACCUUAUUUGCUUGCCACUGCAAGGGCUAAAGGUAAUCUUGGGAAUGGAUUGA